GAUGUGAUGUAUCAUUUAUUGUGGCUUUGAUUGUGGUUACCUGAGCACAGCCACUUUGAGUGAUGGAGAGUCAGGCCUAUUCGGUGAAUAACCAACAUUGCUUUUAUACGCAAAGACUAGGACAAAUGGAUGUCUGCCGAUUUUAUAGAUACCUUACGAAAAAGGCUUUUGCUUCCUUAUGUCAACUCAAAUCAAAUCAAUUGUAUUUAUAGAGCACUUUCAAACAGCCAUCACAACAUCGAAAGUGCUGUACAUGGAGCAAUUUAACGAAUACAAUAAACAGUAAAAUCAAUCGGUAACAAAGACGGGAGAAAGCACCGAACAGUAGAACCAAGAACAAAUCUAAGUCAUGCUGAGUCGAAUGCCAAAGAAUACAAGUGAGUUUUGAGGAGGGUUUUGUACAUGGGCAGCGAGGAGGCUUGCCGAAUGUUCAGUGGGAGGUCAUUCCAGAGAGAGGGACCAGCAACAGAAAACGCUCGAUCCCCUUUGAGACUCAGUUUAGUUUUCUAGUUACUUUCUUGGUACUUCUAAUAAUGUCUGGUCCGCAGACCUGAGACGCCGGGCAGGUGCAUAGGGGCGGAUGAGCUCAGAGAGGUAAGGUGGCGUGAGAUUAUUCAAAGAUUUGAAAACAAAGAGGAGGAUCUUGAAAAUAACUCUAAAAUGAAUGGGGAGCCAGUGAAGGGAUGCCACAGUAGGAGUUAUGUGCUCCCUCUUACGAGUACCAGUCAAGAGGCGGGCAGCGGCAUUCUGGAUGGUCAAAGAGGGUCAAAAGUGUGCAAGAGAAAGUUUAGCAUUUUCAUUGUCAAAGACAAGGUGGGCAUUUGGGCUAUUAUCUGAGCUGGUAUUUAAGGCUAAAUUGCCCAAAAGGCAGGAACAUUUAUUGAAAUAAGGCUACUGUGUGUCUGGUAUACUGCUCUUAUUGUUUGGGACUCUGUCUUCCUUUAGGAAAAAAAAUCUUUCAGACAAGAAUUUUUAAGGGACUUAAGAUGCACGAGCAAAAAAUAUAUUUUAAACAGAUUAAAAAAAAGAAAAACAUAUCUAUUCUUAAAACAGAUUUGCUGAUUUCAGAAAAUAAGCUGUAAGGUAAGAAUGGAGACUGGUGUAAGCAGCAAUCUCUACAACUGAAAGAAUGAUUGUUGACCAAGAUGUAUAAUAAGAUUCAUUUAUCACUAAGAAAGUAAUACCUAAACCAGAGCCACCUUAAUAUGUUUAACAGACUUCUAACUUGAGAUUUCUCACAAGCAGUGUAAUGAAUUUUGAUCAAGUUAUUAAGAUUUGAUUAUUGUUUUAAUUCGUCUUUGCUUGAGACCUCAGCUAGUUACAGUAUUUAUGAAUGGUUAUUAUAGCACUGCUAGACCUUUUGCACAAUACUGAAUAAAUUAGUAUAAAAUUACUGAAUGCUAUUUUUUUUAAUUUUGGUAAACUACAUACAUAGUCAAAGACACACAAAUUAUUAACUUAUCAUCCAUCCACCCAUCCAUCCAUUUUCCAAUCCGCUUUAUCGUCACAAGGGUCUCGGGGCACGCUGGAGCCUAUCCCAGCUGUUUUUGUUCAGUAGACGGGGGGACACCCUGAACCGGUUGCCAGCUAAUUGCAGGGCACACAGAGAAGAACAACAAUCUGCGCUCACACUCACACCUAGGAACAAUUUAGAGUGUUCUAUCAGCCUGCCAUGCAUGUUUUUAGAAUGUGGGUGGGAGGAAACCGGAGUGGCCCGAGAAAACCCACGCAGGCCCGGGGAGAACAUGCAAACUCCACACAGGAAGGCUGAGCCGGGAUCGAACCCACGACCUCUGCACUGUGAGGUCGGCGAGCUAACCACUUUUUCACCGGGCCGCCCUUAACUUAUCAUAUAUAUGCAUAUUUUUUUAACACACAAAACUUGCAUUCAAAGUAAAAAAAAAGCUGAUUAAAAAAAGGCCUGCACCUUUCAAGGGCCCUUAAGCAUAGCCACAGAAACAUAGGAAAUGAGCAAAAGUUGUACUUGUAUUAAAAUGACCAAAUCAAUCAAAAUGGAAUCUCAUUGUCUUUGUUUGUGUGUGUGCGUGAGUGUGUGUGUGUGCGUGUGUGCAUGAUCAGUGUGAAGGAUGUAGAGCCAUCGGGGUGGAGGAACAGGAUGGAGUGCUCCUGGAAGGCAGUGCUGCUGCUGGUGUGUGCUUCACUGGGAGUCCAGUACACAGCCAUUCGCACCCUGAGGGACUCACUCGCUGGACCCUGUCAGGGUGUUUACCAGUGUCGGAGCAGACAUCACAGAGAAUCCAAUUGGAAAACUCUUUGCGAUGACAGUUGGACGUCGAUGGAGACCGCUCAGAAGCACAUCCUACUGUUUGCCACCACACGCAGCGGUUCAUCCUUCACCGGACAGCUGCUCAAUCAGCACCCUGAGAUCUUUUACAUGUUCGAACCUCUUUACCACGUCCAGCAGGCAUUCACAAAUUCCAGUGGCAGGAUUCGUCGUACUUUGGACCGCCGGGCCCUGCUGGGAGCGUACAGAGACCUCCUGCUCAACUUGUACAAAUGCGACCUUCACUUUAUUGAGAGUUACAUCCGCCCUGAGCCCCAGGACCAUGUCACUAAUUCCUUCUUUCGUAGAAGCUCGAGUCAUGCCCUUUGUUCUCCUCCUGUUUGUCUGGAAGGAGGGAAUGGAGCAGCACUGGAUCCACCUGAAGAAAGUUGGUGUACCAAGAAGUGCGACAUCUUGAACCUAACCUUAGCAUCAAAGUCAUGCCAGACAAGAGGCCACGUAGCCAUAAAAACUGUUCGCAUCCCCGAGGUGAAGGACCUGCGAACGUUGGUUGAAGAUCCGCGUCUGGACUUAAAGAUCAUUCACCUGGUGAGAGACCCUCGAGCCAUUCUCGCCUCACGCAUGACAGCGUUUUCAGAUCAAUUCCGUGCUUGGAAAAUCUGGAACGCCACAGGACGGCAACCGCGAUAUGUGGAUCUAUCGCAGAUCACCAGCACCUGCAAGGACAUGGUGGCGUCUGCAGAAGCAGGACUGCAGAGACCGGCUUGGCUGCAGGGCCGCUACCUUUUAGUGAGAUAUGAAGACCUAGCUUUUAACCCGAAACACAUGGCCAACAAGCUCUACCAGUUUAUUGGCCUAGAGAUGGAGGAUAGGGUGCAGACAUGGAUAGCAAGGAACACCAACAGCAAUUUGUCUGCUCCAUUUGAAUGGAAUUACAAAUACUCCACCACCAGAGACUCCAGAAUGACGGCUGAGAGUUGGAGGCUCCAUCUUGGCUUUGAUAUUGUCAGAACUGUGCAGAAUCUGUGUAACCACACUCUGGCCCUGCUGGGUUACAGACAUGUCCAUUCAACAAUCCAACUCAGAAACUUGUCCUAUAGUCUAGUCGAACCCAUCACAUUUCAAACCAACCUUUCCCAAACUUGGGGCAUGACCAAAAAUGGUCAGGCAAGCACAUAAUUUGUCAGCAAGGUUUUUUUCUUUGUAUGUUUUUAAGUUACUUGGGUGUAUUUUCUUUUUCUUUCUUUCUUUGAUAAAUGUGUCAACAUAAUUAACCUUGGGAGUUCUAAAUUAUCAAGAUGCUGCAGUGAUUAAACAAAAUUCAGGAUUGCUGCAAAUAUUGUAUUUACAUCUUCAAUACUGAUGUGCCAGAUACCAAAAUGUUUGCACAGAUCAAAAAUAAUUACACAGUAUAUUGCUGGGUGUUGUUUGUAUGAGCAAAUGAAUAUUGAUUUAUGCUACAAAUACUGCAUAUUGUGUGCAUACUGGAUGUGCAUUGGGCAUUUUGACAUUUUAAACACUGUAAAACCAAAGGAAAAAAAAUGAGUAGCUCAGUGAAAUCCAAGAGUGUUUUAAUUUUCAUUCUUAGAGGAAUGUAAAAUUAUGCUUUGCUUUGGUGAUGAUGAAUCGAGUACAUUCCAGUGUAAAUGUUUAAUCGAAUAAUUUCACACAAAAUUGGAAUCCCAUUCAGUUACUUUGUCCUUCAGCCAAACGUACCGUAGUCUUUUGUCAAGAAGUGCAAAUUUGGGAAACUGCUUUAAUUUGGAAUCCAAUUUCUUCAUAUGCAACAUAUCAGAUAUCUUCGAAGUCCUUGUUCUUUGUAGACAGACACAGCCACUGAGCAGCGAGCGAAGGUUGCUUCCAAUUUUAGAAAUAAUCCUUCGCAUCAUGUCUCAAUGUCAUUUGUGAAGAAUUUAGAAGAUUUUAUUUUGAGGGAUGAGGAGGUUGGCGGGUGACAACUAAUUCUCACGAGAAUCAAAAUGGCAAUGGUGACUUUGAUUUUGUUUCCUUUCAAACAGCGUCAUAAUUAUGUGGCAACUGUAAUGGUGGACCACUCACCGUAAUGAGCUUUAAUGCUCAAGCCAAUAAAUAAAACCACUGCUGGCUUCAGGAAAUGUAAGAAAUUGGAGCAAAACAAUCAGGUAUCUUCAUACAGACUAUUAGAGUAAAUCUCAGGUAAAAUUACCCUUCCCAUAACGGAGUCUGUUCAUUUACUUUCUAUCUUUCUUGCAGCUGCUCUUACAAUUGCUGACACCAAGAGUUACCCAAUCUAAAGAUCCUGGGGAGGGUAAACAGAAUUUCAAAUGCAUGGUAAAAUGAAGAAAAUCUGCAGGCCUUACAACAUGCUGUUCAUAAAUAACACUUUUAGCCCCGUCAAGAAAAUGUACAGUACGUCUUUUUUUUUUUUUUUUUGCUGUUCCCUCCCUGUCACGCAAGCUGCAAAAGUGGACUGAGUCAGCUGUAAGCUAAUUAGCCAUUUCUUUGCACUCAAUAAAAGUAGUUUCUUUCCAUCCCCUUGAA